GACUAAUGCUGUUAGUCUGCUGAUAGACUUCAUAUUACCUACUAAAAGCAUGUUGCCAUGUGUCCAACACUUGGAACCAAAUGUUGGAUGACAAUCGUUCACAUGGUAAAAUUACCUCUAUAAGAUGAUUGUGUUAGCCAGCUUUUUGUUUUAAACUCAUUGAAUUCUUAAAAAAUACCAUCAUGCGAUUCAGUGAAAGGUUUACGGAAGAAAUGUCAAAGUAUGAGUCCUUUGCGGGUCAUUCUUACUAUCUUGUAAUUUUACAGGCUAUAUUCUCUUUAAUUUUUCUCAAGCUGUCUCUCACUGCAAUCUAUCGUGUUACUUUUCAUCCAUUAGCAAAAUAUCCCGGCCCAAGAUGGGCAAAGAUCACAGAUUUGUAUUCUGCUUAUCAUAGUUUGGGAGGAACGCUCCAUGUAAGAACUUUGCAAGCUCAUGAUAGAUACGGAAGUGUAGUUCGCCUGGGCCCUAAUAAGUUAGUUUUCAAUUCGGCUGAAGCUCUUCAAGAGAUUUAUAUAUCAAAAGAUGUUCAGAAAUCAAAAGGAUAUGCUGCUCUAGUCACCACACCAGGUGUUCAUAAUGUCCACAAUUCAGUGGACUUUUCGAUACACAAACACAAAAGAAGGGUCAUUUCAAAAGGCUUCUCUAUCCCAUCUCUGCUAGCUUUCGAGCCAACAAUGAUUAACACUGUCAACCUCUUGAUACAAAAUCUAGCUAGGGCAUCUAUCAAAAGCAAAAGUCAAGAUAACUGGUCAUCACCUAUCAAUAUGGGUACUAGCUUUAAACACAUGUCUUUAGACGUCAUGGGAGAAUUCGGUUUUGGACAAUCAUUCAACUUACAAACUUCUUCUGAUAACCAUUUUCUUCCAGAAAUGAUUGCAGGAAUACUGACUAGAGGGGGAGUUUUACUCCAAUGUCAAGCUUUCCGAAAGAUAAGAAUCGAAAGAUUUUUCAAUCGUAAAGUCCACAAAGCCGUCAGAAAAUACCAUUCCACGGUAAGUAAGUUGGUGGCGGAUAGAUUGAAGGAAGACAAGAAUGAAAAGAGUGAUUUGUUUUCUUUCAUUUUCGAUGCGCAGUAUUCAAUCGAUGGUAAACAUGAGGAUAUCGAAACUAUGACAGAAUCCGAAUUAUUUACUGAGAGUGGGUUUUUACUUGCUGCUGGUUCUGAUACAUCCUCCACAUCUCUCUCGGCCCUUCUCUUCUACCUCUCUCGAUACCCAAAAUGUUACGAAAAAGUCACCGCAGAAAUUAGGUCUACCUUCUCAUUUCUCUCCGAAAUUCACAGCGGCCCAAAAAUAACCUCUCUCAAAUACCUACGUGCCUGUAUCGAAGAAGCUCUUCGCAUGAGUCCACCCCUCGGCUCCGCACUCUGGCGAGAAGUUCGUCCCGGAGGCAUCACUAUCGAUGGCGAAUUCAUCCCCGCAGGCUAUGAUAUCGGAUGUGCAGUCUAUGCUAUACAACACAAUGAACGAUAUUUUCCCGAUUCCUUUGAAUUUCAACCCGAGCGCUGGAUAGUAUCGGAAAACAAUCCGCAGGAAAAAAUUGAGGAGAUGAAAUUGGCGUUUGCACCGUUUAGUUUGGGGCCAAGGGGAUGUCCGGGGAAAAUGAUGGCGUAUAUGGAGAUGGGGAUUAUGAUAGCGAGGAUGAUUUUUUGCUUUGAUUUUAGGAGACCGAGGGAUGGGGGGUGGGGAGAAGUGGGCGAGGGUGUGCUGGGUGAUGUGGGGGGGAGGGCGAGAGUAAAUGAGUUUCAGUUGAUGGAUCAUUUAGCUAGUACGCAUGCGGGACCUUAUGCGGAGUUUAGAUUGAGGGAUGGGUUGGAGAGUGAGUUUGAGGGGUUUUAGUUGGGUUUUGUGGAUUUGGGGGAAGAAUUUUAAGUGGUAGGUAGCGAGAAGACUUAGGGUGUCGUGUGGCAACAUUGAAAGAAAGCAAGAUUUACAUAUCUUGUCAAAGCUGUCUGUUUUGAAUGUUAGUUUAAUACUUUCUACACCUAUAGUAGCAAAGUUGUCGCUAUCGUCUGGACUCUUUUUCGUUUUGCAGAAUCAUCUCCACUUCAACCAUUCACAAAUCUUACAAAAACUUAUUUGUGAAUGUCCAAUCACACAACCAUUUUCUGUUAAUUUAGGGAUCAAACAUCUAUUCAUUUGAUAUAUCAAUAGUUGCGAGGAGACGCGAAAGUGGUGGAAAAUUGUCUUUCCAAAUCCAUUCACCCGUUUGCAAAAUUCAUCUCUUCAUACUUAUUCACGCGCUUGAAGAUAUGAAUCACAUUUUUCUUCCUUCUGUCUUCUACUCAGUCUCCAUAUCUCUCAGAAAAUUGUAAUAUAGUCUUUGCA